GUGAUAAAAAUCAUUCAAAAUAAUGUCAGGUGAAUACACAUAUAUUCAAAUUGCCAAAAUUCGAAAACGAAACCGAAAAAACCAAAAAGACUUUAGUCGCUCACAAACUAUGCGGCAUUGAGGGUGGAUAUCGAAAAGCCAAAAUUCGAAAGCGAAAUCGAAAAACCAAAAACUAGCAACAACAAUCAACAGCAAUAGCAGCAGCAGCAGCGGUAGGAAGGAAUUCAUUUCACCUAAAUUUUAUUCGCAAUUUGUUCACUGAGAGGCAAGAAGCAACAACAGCAGCAGCAGCAGCACCACCACUUUUACCACCACCGACGUUUCUAUCUCAUCUAUAUAAGCAUGUUAUUUAUGUGUCACCAAAUGGCCAUGAAGAAGGAGGCCCAAGACAAGAUCAAAGCGGAGGAGUUACGUAAGGCUCAAGCCGGUUCAGAUAUACCGAUCAUUUGGAUUCUGGGAGGUCCCGGUUGUGGCAAGGGCACACAAUGUGCCAAGAUUGUAGAGAAAUAUGGCUUCACGCAUCUGAGUAGUGGUGAUUUGCUGCGCGAAGAGGUGGCUUCCGAUUCUGACAAGGGUCGCCAGUUGCAGGCCAUUAUGACGAGUGGCGCCUUGGUGCCAAAUGAGGAAGUUCUUUCGCUACUAAACGGAGCCAUUACCCGGGCCAAGGGCAGUUCCAAGGGUUUCCUCAUCGAUGGUUAUCCCCGUGAAAAGGGUCAGGGCAUUGCCUUUGAGGAGCAAAUCGCUCCCGCCGAUUUGGUUUUGUAUUUCCAAUGUGCCGAGGAGACCAUGAAGGAUCGUAUUCUGGCCCGUGCCAAUGCAGCAGCUGUGAAGCGAGCGGACGACAAUGAGGCAACCAUUUUGGCACGUUUGAAGACAUUCAAGGAUAAUACCAACGCCAUAUUGGAACAAUAUGUCGAAAAGACAUUGACGAUAAACGCCAAUCGGCCCGUUGAUGAAAUCUUCUUGGAUGUCGUUCAGGCUAUUGAUUGUGUAUUAAAAAAGAAACAGAAAGCAUCGGCUUAAUCUCAAUUAGUUAACGGAUCUUACAAUACCAAAAAACGCAAAAAAGCUGCACCAAAAAAUGUUAAAAACCAAAUGAAUUCGAUUUCAAAUAGCAAUAUAUUGUUGAAAGAACAUGUGCCCUCCCCCUCCCAUGUUCGCAUGUAAAAAUGCAAAUGCAACCUAAGCAAUGUUUUCGGUCAAAUGCUUUAAAUAAAUCUUAAAUAUACAACGGAA